AUGUCCACUGAAGCUUGCAUAUCGCAGGGAGAAAACGCCGGUCCGACGUAUGACCGGGAUGCUAUUGUUGGAAGCAUCAACCGAUACUAUGAACUGCUUUCCAAGAUGGUCUCAAUCAGACCUGAACACAUCGCUUACUCACCCGAAGGAGGCUGGGGCGACGACAUCAUCCCCCUCGAGAACCUGCGACGCCUCGGCUUCAACGACACGACGAUUGACCUGGUCCGACAUCUUCCGUAUGUCACCAGCCGCAGGCCCAUAUUCCCGUCUACCCAGAGCAUCAACUAUUUCCGAAAUAUCCUUUGUGGGCCUGAAGAGAACUAUCAACUCGAGGACCCCAAUCUUGUCGGACUCUGGCCGUUGCCAGAGGGAAGAAUCCCACAAGGCAUAGUCCCACUGUCCCAACCACUGGGAGGAGACAGGCUGGGGAUGUGGUGGUUGCUCGACACCAAUACAGGCGAGCUCAUUGCUCAUGACGCAUACAUCUCGAGACCGGAGGAGGAGAUCCCGGAAAACGAGCGAUGGCGCACAGCGAGACCCAUACCCGCCGUUGCCUAUUUCGAUGGGUUAUGCGAGGACAUGAUCUCGCUGGAGAUGUUUCCCGUGCCGUGGAUUCCAACAGGAGCGAGUGGCAGAUGUGGCAACCGAAGUGGAUGCGAGCUCAUCAGAAAUGGAUAG